UAAUCUGUCUGUUUGCUCACCAACAUUAUCUUCAUCUUCUUCUUCUUCAUUCAGUUCUACUUGUUGUAACGUGAAUUUACAGUCAAGUAAACAAGAGGCAAACCGGUAAAAACUCUGUGUUUACAUUGACUUGGCCAUUCACAAGGUUUACUGUUUUCUUCCUGGUUACUUUCGUUUUUUUAAAAUUGUUACUGUUUGUUUUAAUUGUGAAAUUGAUUUUUCCAUCCAUUAAUUAACUAACCAUCUUUAAAUUGCAAGUUGAGGCUAUUUGGUUAAGAGCGACUUGAUAAAUCCACAACCAACUGGAAAAGAGUUACAUUGUUAACUAGUUUUCAAGUGAUGGUUCCUACUGUUUAUUGUUGAGCUUUAUUAAUGUGUUGUUAUUUUAAUAACUGUUUAAUUAACUUGUCAUCCAACACAAUUGAUUGAAUGUACCAAUCAGCCUUGUAAACAUCAAAAAGGAACCAGAAAAUCAACCCAAAUCACCAGAAAAAAAUAAGACGACUGCAAAUCCAUUAGAAAGCGAUUUAUACAUGAAUCUCUUGAAGAUUGUUGUUUUAUUUGAACAUUACUCUGGUAAUUAAAUGGAUUGCUUGGUUGAUCAUUUGUCCUACAGUUUAUUGAGAAGCAGUCUAAAUCAAGAUCAAUUUAAAAUAAACUGGAUCCAUUAACCAUCAAUCAUGAUCUUGAACAUAAGGUGACACCAAGAUACAAGACGAAGGGACACAAUUAAAAGCAACAAUUCUACUCAUUUAAACCUCUCAAUCUUGCCAUUUUUCUUCUUCCCCUCAUCAUUAUCAUCUUGUGCAUCCCAUGUUCAUUCCAAAAAUAAACAACCAAUCAACUAGUGUAAAUCUAACAACCAUAAAUCAUGUCUGUCUGGAAUCGACUCACAACACAAUCGUUUGAUUUGUAAACUCAAAUUUUCUUUCCAUCAUCAUUAUUAAAUCCAUAGUAAAUACAAUCGCCAGUUUAAACCAUCAUCGUCAUUCCCAUGCUCAUCCUUAAAACCAACCUCGUUCUUGGGUUAAAUGGCAAAACUAUUGCAAGUCAAAUUAAUACCAAAGGAUAACAUUAGCAACAAAACUAAACCAAUCGUCUGACCCUAUCCGACAGACCUGAAAUCCAUUGACAGCGGCAAUAGCCAGUCAGACCGAUAGCAAGUCAUUAUUGUUAAUAAGCCAAUGUUAAUCACCAAAGCCUAAUGUUUAUACUUAUGCAUGUUCACCCAAGUUUAACCUAAUCUCAACUAAACCAAGUUUCUUGACCGCUUUAACUGCAUAUUCAUUUGUGUACAUCUUACGGUGAAAUUUGUGAUUAGUUUAUGUACAAAUUGUGGACAUUUAGUGCUACCAAUUUGGCUUCAAUUUCAAUCUCCAUGUUACUUCAAGUUAACCAGUGUUGAUUGUUUCUCGAUCACUUAAUUUGUUUUGUUUCUGGUGGUGCGAGGUUAGCCACGCUAUGAAUAUUAUCCAUGUUUCUCAAGCGAGCGAUGAGGUAUUAUAGAGUAUGGAUAUAUUCUUGUAAUUUAGCAUUAUUCCUAUCAACAUUGGUAUUCAUUAUACUUUCCUUAUGGAUUGCAAGUGACUUCCAUCUCGCUCUUUUUCCAAGUAUAACCUUUUACCAGCCAUCAUUCAUUUAUGCAUACAUGGCUUUAACCCUUCAAUCCGGAAUCCUUCAGGCAAUCGGGUGUGUUGGUGCUAACCGAAUGAAUGAACGUCUUCUAGGGCUCUAUUGGCAAAUUAUAUUAGUUUUACUAGUUGGAGAUAUUGUUGUUGGUAUAAUUUGGCUCUUCCGUUAUAAUUUAUUACUGACCAAUCUACGAUCUGAUCUCAUUUAUCGUCUCGACAAUGAUUAUGGCUUUGACACAGAUUUCCAGGAAUUAUGGGAUCGUGUUCAAAGUGAACAUCAAUGUUGUGGUAUCGAUACGCCUUAUGAUUAUAAUAUGACCCAAUGGUUUGAACGUGAACAUGCUACUUAUGAAGGUGCCCAGUUCCUUGUGCCACAAAGUUGUUGUGCCUAUCAUCGUUUCCCAAUGAUACCAACCAUCGUUGACUCCAAUCAAAGGGGAGUAGAUGAAGGAGGAGGUGUUGCCGGUACUAAUGCCGGUGGAGGAGUUUCAAGUGGUAGUGUUACAAGUGAAAGUACGGUUCGCAAAGGUGUUCACCAAAAAACGUCUGGUAGUGAUAAUAUAAAUAGACGGGGUAACAGUGGUGGAGGUGGUGGUGGAGGCGGUGGAGGAGGAGGAUAUAAUGAUAAUACAGUGAUUGCUGCUAGGACCACAAGUGCUGAUUGUAUGGAUAGUUAUGAACCAGAAAAUAUUUACACAACUGGUUGCUAUAGUCAGAUUCUUGACUGGUUACAAUCAAGUGUCGAUUGCCUUUCGGUUAUUGGAUUUUGUGUGUUAACCUUUCUUAAACUUUGUUUUGCUUUUAUCUUACGUUAUGAGUUAAAAGAGAUGAUCCAGAAGAUAAACUUGAUCAAAGGUGAUAAAGAGAGGGAUGAUUCAAAUGCUUUGCAACAUUUAGAGGCUUACCUUCCAAGACCGUCCAUUCAAAAUGAUUCAAAUCAAGCUCUUCUCUCCAAUCAAGCACCAAAUAGCCAACUAAAUAAUAAUACUUCUCAUAUUAAUAAUACUAAUAGUAAUAAUGUGAAUAAUAAUAUUAAUAUUGAUAAUAAUAGUAAUGGUAACAAUAAUAAUGUUAUCAAUUCUAAUGCUAAUAUUACCAACAAGCGUAACCUGAUUACAACUAACCAAUCAUUUAAUAGCUCUGUCGGUAGCUAUGGAACGAGCUGUGUUGACUCGGCAACAAUAAAUAUACCUGGGCGACAUUCGCCUCAAUCUUUAGGAACUUUAGGAAACACUUUUUCAUCAUCCUUAUCAACUUCGCCACCAACUAAUCGCUUGAUAAUCUCAUGCAAUGUGUCAACAACCACAAGUACCACCACUACCACAAAAUCAUCAAACCAGAAUCCAACUACAAUAAUAAUCUCGUCAACAUCGACAACCCCUGCAACCUUAAUUACAACUGUAACCAGCUCAUCAGGAGCUGAAACAACCAUUUUACCUCCAUCCUUUUCCCCAACUACAUCAAACAAUGUUAAUUCUAGCUCGUUUAUUGGAUUACUUAACAGACCGACGGGCGACAAAUCAAAUACCAAAAGCAAGUCUUUCAACAAUAAUGGCAGCAACAAUAAUCAAGUAUUGGUGACUAAUUUUUAAACAAUUAACAAAUGACACACACACUUACGUACAUACAAUAACAACGAAACCAUGGAUUUUUAAAGCUGAUAGUGAUCACGACGAGAAUCGAAUUGUUAUCUCCUAACUGAUGACUUAUUUACCUGUUUAUCUAUUCAAAUUGUUUUAUAAUUACUUAAAUUGACAUUAAAUUUGGAUAACCAAAUACCUGCUCUUAUUAACCAAACCUGGAAUCGCAAUUGGUACCAUUUGUUGGUGAUAACAACUUAUGAAAAUUUGUUGAUUCUCACAAUUUUGUCUUCUUUUUCUCUUCUCUCUCCCUUUCUCUUCUUCUUCUCUCUCUCUCUCUCUUACAGACAAUUAGAUUAAUUAAAUUAAUCAACUUAAAAAUAAAAUUAGCCUUGAAAGUGCAAAAUAAUAAGGAAAAAUGAUGAAACUAAAAAAAAGAGUUUCAUUGAUUGUUGAUAUUACACGGUGAUGUAUGGUUAAUGAUUCAAGCCAAACAUGCCACAGAAAAGUUUAUUGUAAACGAUUCUGAUUUAAAAUCAACCGAUUUAUUCUCACUUCUUUCUCUAUCCAUCUGUUUAUUAAUUAAUAAUUAAAUUUUGUAUAAAAAUCAUUUUGUAUAAAUUGUAGAGCAAAUCAAGACAAGAAGCCAAGCAAAAAAAUAAAUCAAAAACUAAUUAUA